AUGGUCCGUCCCUUCCCGUCCCCCCCCCCCCCAGUCCUAUCCAGCUCCUCUUGAGCCCCUCCCUUUGAAGCCGUCCUUCUCCAACUGACUCGACCCCGUAUUCGCGCCCCCCCACCCCCCUCACAGCCCGCCAUCAACUACGAAGAAGACACCGAAUUCAACGAAGCCUUGCGCAAACACGGCAUAAUACCCCCCAAAGCCACCGACGGCACAAGCUACCGUUCCCCCUCCCCCCCACCCGCUCCCACGUCCCCCUCCCUCUCCGACGUCGACGACCUCGAUGAGCUCGAUGUCGAUCGCGACGAUUCCCUUUCCCGCGACGUGGUCGAAAAGUAUAGGGCCGAGAGGAUGGCCAAGAUGAAAGUGGCGGAGCAGAGGAGAAAGUUCGGCAGGGUCUAUCCAAUUGGCAAGGUCGAUUAUACGAGGGAGGUGACCGAGGCGAGUAAGGCGAUCAUCGAGGGGGAACCGGAAGGCUAUGGCACGGGGGUGGUGUGUGUGCUCUACAAAGAUUUGUGAGUUUCGUGGCGGGGCGCAGGCACGCUUAUGCUCGGGCAUGACCUCAACAUUGUUUCGCGACCCGCAGCCUACCAGCAUGCAAGAUCCUCCUCCCCCUGCUGGACCAACUGUCCCUGCUGUAUCCUUCCUCCAAAUUCGUCAAGAUCGUUUCGGACCAUUGCAUCGAGAACUACCCCGACAAGAACUGCCCGACCAUGAUCGUCUAUCGUAACGGCCAGAUGAUGGGGCAGAUCGUCGGCCUCGGAGCGAUGGGGAAUGAGAAAUGCAAACUCGUUGGUGAGGGAUCAGCCUCAACCGCAAUCGCAAUCGAGCACCUGACCUACUUGUGGGGAUCUAAUCCGCGCAAAAUUGUUCGCCUCACAGAUGUCGAAAGGAUCUUGUUCGCGUUCCGAGGCAUCGACUUUCACCUCAAGAUCGGCAACGAAGCCCGCGGAUCGCAAUUCUCAUCCAAGACCUCUUCCGCCGCCGCACCCUUGGAGAAGAAGACCGCCAACACUUCCUCGAACAAGUCGAGAACAGGGAGGGAUGAGGUCGGAUCGGAUGACGACGGGGAAGCGGACGAAGGCUCGGAUGAGGAUGAUCAGACUUUUGUGGGCGGGGGGAGGAGAAGUGGCAUUCGGAAUGGCACGAGGGGGAGGAAGAAGGGCGAGAAGAGCGAUGAUGACGACGACUUUGAUAUUUAG